UUCUCAUGUUCGUUUGAAAAAAAAAAAUCGUUUAAAAAAUAUAUGUACAUAUGUGUAUUUCGAACAUAUUCGCAUUCGUAUAGUGUCCAAUUUGAGCGAAGACUCUUACGAUUAUGUUUUUGGUGGUCGACGUAAGACCCCGCCUGCAACAAGAACAACCACCACUACACUCAAGCUGACCUCGCCUCCCGUACGCCUGCGACCAGAAGACGCACACCAUCGUGGUGGCAACGUAAAUAAUGGUGGACGUUUUUAUCGUCAUUCCUUUAGUUACGCGCCAAAACGUUCCCGACACGGCAACAACAGCGAACGCAAUGAAAAUCGUGAAUCACGACUGAGAUGUCAUGGCGAAGAUGAAGCAACACUGCGCCAACUGCUUCUCGAGUACGUAGAUAAAUUUACCCUUCAUUUACUUACUUACCUACAUAUAUUCUCUUUUAGUCUCAUUUUCACGCUAGUCAUAUGCUUACUCACAUACGUACAUACAUAUAUACAUAGAUACAUACUUAUAUAUUUAUUUAUUUAAGUUCAUAUAUCGUAAAUCACACUACAUUAUCAGCUUCUCAUCUCACAAGCAUUCUUUACGUGUCAUCGCUGUAUAUACUCAUUCCAUAUUUUUGUCUUUUUUAAUUUGAACGUUUAAAUUCCAUAACUGAUUAAUGAGUAAAAACAAAAGUGCGGGUAAGCGAGAGUUCGAUAAGCAAUUAAGUACUUAGCUUGUA